GGCACUGAAGCGUCCUAUAGCUAAAUCCAUCACUGGCAUUGUAACCUGAGCCCACUCUGGCCCCUGGUGCCCCAUGAUCAAGUGUCCCUGUUUGUUUUGACAUCCUGUGUGGGGCCUGAGAGAUCCAGAUUUCAAAGCAAGAAUUUUUUCUAGCAGCCACUGAAGGCCAGGCCCCUGCCAGCUCCUGGGCUCCCAUGUUAGCAUUUCCAGUUAAUUAAGAAAACAAACCCCAAACUCUGACAGAGAUGGUUCUGCAGAUCUGGACAGAAAAGUUCAUAUUUGCAUGCAAGAGAGCUGUCUGGUGCUUGCGUGGAGUGCAAGCUGAAAGACAGCACGUGUGAGACAGGGACGAUGUGCUGGUGCCUUCUCAACAGAGAGAUGGUGCUGGGGAAAUCACAUGGUUGGGGUCCAGUUCCAGGCUAGAUCAGAACAGUUUCUGCUCUUUCUGCCUCUUCCAUAAUGUGUUUGGAAUGGAUGAAGGCCAUGGAGAAAGGCCAUCUGGGGGACAAUGGUAGAGGAGAGACAAAAGAGACUCUCCUUGGGACUUGUUAGCCUUUUCCACAACCAGAUUAUCCCAGUCUGGCUACUAGAGAAGAGUGAUAAGAGGUGAGCUGGGGGUGGCUUUGGGGGUCCCCAGUAACUGACCUGCUACCUGCCAAGGAGGAGCCCUGCUCAGGGAUGCUGCUUGUCUAUGCAGAGUUUUGGUGUGAACUUAAAAAGAAUUUCCAUUCCUUGAAUGAAGUAUUGUUAACCAUGCUAAGGGAGAAGUAGCCCAGCUUUGUCUGGGGGUGGGGCACUGUCCUCAGCCUGGAUAUGCCUUCAAGGCGUGCCUACCCUCUCACCUGGUCACACACUCUUCAUGGUGCCAGGGAGAUGCUGACACCUGAUGAACAUAUGCGUCAUCAGGUGGUGUAAUUGUGCUCUGGGGGCUGCAAGAGCACAGGUAGGACCGGCCCCCUGCACCCACUAUCUGUGUGGAAGGUUCAGCCUAUGCAUCCUUUCCCACUCAGGUAUGUGACCUGGAGGACAAGGUAGAGCCAAACAUCCCGUUGGAUGUGGGAUUCACUUGCACAUGCUGUGAUCCCAGUGCCUCUUGACCAGUAUGGGGUAGAAGAGAAACCUGUCCUGCUGUGUCACUGCCAAAUGGCCCAGGGAAAAUUAUUUUGCUUUUGUGAACCUCCAGCUUCUAAUGGAAAAGGGAACUGAUGCCCAUCUUUUGUGUGUCCUGAAGGUUGGUAAGUAUUAGAUAAGGCAUGUAUCAUGCCUGGCUCAGUGAGCCAGGCCUCCUUCUCUAUCAGAAAUUUGUCUUGGUUCAGCUGCUGCCUGCUGGUUUGGAAUCUGGCCAUCCAAAAGCAUGAUGGAGAAAAAUAACAAACUCAUGAUUGAUGUCUGCUCCAAGUGGGGAGGAGAGGCCUGGCAAGGAAGUGGUUAUAUGGUCAAUGCUUGGUAUAUGGUAUGACUAGUCUAACUGACAGUUGGCACAGGUUAUUUCUUUGACUUUUGAGAACUUUCUCCCUGCCCCAGGGAAUCUCAGGACUUCCUGUCUUCUGUAAGUCAGUGUUUCAUCACUCACAGGGCCAGCUGCUGGGGCCACUUGAGAAAAGCAAGGCUUUCAAAAGAUUGCGAUGAGGACCUAGGGCACCUGCCUGCUGACCACCCCAGCCUACGGUGACCAUGGCCCCCCGCAAGAGGAGCCGCCAUGGCCUGGGAUUCCUUUGCUGCUUUGGGGGCAGUGACCUCCCUGAGAUUGACCUCCGGGACAACCACCCGCUGCAGUACAUGGAGUUCUCCAGCCCCAUCCCAAACCCAGAAGAGCUCAACGUCUGCUUCGCAGAGCUGGUGGAUGAAUUGGAUCUCACCGAUAAAAACCGGGAGGCUGUUUUUGCACUGCCACCUGAGAAGAAAUGGCAGAUCUACUGCAGCAAGAAGAAGGAACAGGAGGACCCCAACAAGCUGGCAACCAGCUGGCCUGACUAUUACAUUGACCGGAUCAAUUCCAUGGCUGCCAUGCAGAGUCUGUAUGCAUUUGAUGAGGAGGAAACAGAGAUGAGGAACCAAGUUGUGGAAGACCUAAAGACGGCUCUCAGGACUCAGCCAAUGAGGUGAGUUGGCCUGUUUCUCCCUUCCCUCACUUCUUUCCAUGCUUAUACCCACUGACUUCCUCAACUCCACUCCCAGAAUUUUGUGGAGUCCAUAUCACCCACUUUACAUCUCAACUCACACUU